CAUCCAAUUCGCACUUCUAGGUGCGGAGUUUGCUGGUGGGUGGGGUGCAGGCCAAGUACGGCUGGCGAGUGAGGGCCGGCAGGCUGAUCCUGCGCUCCCCUUCCUGUCGCACUCCCUCCUGGCCCUCCCUGGCCGUUGGGGCAAGCUGGGUUGAAUCUCAGAGCCGAGUGAAGUCGGGUGGAGCUACGGAGGUGCUCGGGUCUGGCGUGGGAGGGAUGUCCUCAAAGAUGUCGGUCUGAGGUACCCCUGAGUCACCAGCCUUGUUGAAGUCCUUGUGGUUUCAAACCAGAAUUGUCUCAACAGACUCCUAGCAGUCCCAAACAGUUCAUCUUGGUUUACUGCUUUCCUACUGUGCUUAUACCAUGGAAAAUCAGUUGGUUAAAUCAGUUGAAGAACGAACAUUUCAGUACCAGGAUUCUCUUCCAUCAUUACCUGUUCCUUCACUUGAAGACUCAUUAAAAAAAUACCUCGAAGCAGUAAAGCCAUUUGCAAAUGAAGAAGAAUAUAAGAAAACUGAAGAAAUAGUUCAAAAAUUUCAAAAUGGAAUUGGAGAAAAAUUGCAUCAGAAAUUACUUGAAAGGGCAAAAGGAAAAAGAAAUUGGCUGGAAGAGUGGUGGCUCAAUGUUGCCUACCUGGAUGUUCGUAUACCAUCACAGUUGAACGUCAACUUUGUGGGUCCUUCUCCCCAUUUUGAAAACUGCUGGCCUCCAAAAGAAGGCACUCAGUUAGAAAGAGGAAGUAUAAUUCUUUGGCAUAACUUGAACUACUGGCAGCUACUAAGAAAAGAAAAAUUGCCUGUACAUAAAGUUGGAAAUACUCCACUGGAUAUGAAUCAAUUCCGAAUGUUGUUUUCUACCUGCAAGAUUCCAGGAAUUACUAGAGAUUCAAUUAUGAAUUAUUUUACUACUGAGAGUGAAGGGCACUGUCCAAUUCACAUUGCUGUGCUGUGUCAAGGCAGAGCUUUUGUCUUUGAUGUGAUGCAUGAAGGAUGCUUAAUCACCCCGCCAGAGCUUCUCAGACAACUGACAUAUAUCUACAAGAAAUGCCACAGUGAACCUCGAGGACCGGGUGUGGCAGCAUUAACUAGUGAGGAGCGAACUCAAUGGGCAAAGGCACGAGAAUAUCUCAUUGAUCUUGAUCCAGAGAACUCGACUUUGUUAGAAAAAAUUCAGACCAGUUUAUUAGUGUAUUCCAUAGAGGAUUCUAGUCCACAUGUAACACCAGAAGAUUAUUCUCAGGUUUUGGAAAUGCUCCUCACUGGAGAUCCAGCAGUACGCUGGGGUGACAAAUCCUAUAACUUGGUUUCCUUUGCUAAUGGAGUAUUUGGCUGUUGUUGUGAUCAUGCUCCUUAUGAUGCAAUGGUUAUGGUAAACAUUGCUCACUAUGUUGAUGAGAGAAUCUUAGAGACUGAAGGAAGAUGGAAGGGUUCAGAAAAAGUACGAGAUAUACCACUUCCAGAGGAGCUUGUUUUCACCGUGGAUGAGAAAAUACUAAAUGACAUCUACCAAGCUAAAGCCCAGCAUCUCAAAGGGGCAUCUGAUCUACAGGUUGCAGCAUAUACCUUCACAUCUUUUGGCAAAAACCUCACCAAGAAGGAGGCGCUUCAUCCUGAUACCUUUAUUCAGCUGGCACUUCAGCUCGCCUAUUACAGACUUCAUGGACGCCCUGGUUGCUGCUAUGAAACAGCUAUGACAAGAUAUUUUUAUCAUGGCCGAACAGAGACCAUGCGAUCAUGUACAGUUGAGGCAGUCAGCUGGUGCCAGUCCAUGCAAGACCCUUCUACCAGUUUUCUUGAGCGGCAGCAAAAGAUGUUGCAAGCUUUUGCAAAACAUAAUAAAAUGAUGAAAGAUUGUUCAAAUGGAAAAGGAUUUGAUCGUCACCUUUUAGGUCUUUUACUCAUAGCAAAAGAGGAAGGCCUUCCUAUUCCAGAACUCUUUACAGACCCACUUUUCUCCAGAAGUGGAGGAGGUGGAAACUUCGUUCUCUCAACAAGCCUGGUUGGUUAUUUACGAGUCCAGGGAGUCGUGGUUCCUAUGAUACACAAUGGAUAUGGAUUUUUCUACCACAUCAGAGAUGACAAGUUUGUGGUGGCGUGUACAGCCUGGAAAUCAUGUCCAGAGACUGAUGCAGAAAAACUAGUUCAGAUGACUUUCCAGGCUUUCCAUGAUAUGAUACAGCUGAUGAACAUGGCUCAUCUUUAGAGACUCAGCACCAAACCAAUCAUUAACUAGGUACUGAGAGUAGGCUGGUGAUGUGAUGGGAAGGAGUAUUGAUUUAAAGGAAACUUGUUCAUGUAGAGAUUGUAGAAUCAUGCUCUCUAAGUUUAUCCUACCACAGACGGUGGAAUGUUUUUAACUUCCUGUGGAGCAGCGGCAAUGCAAAUUAAGACAUAGUGAAUAUAGAUCUGUGCAAUGUUUAAUAUAAUAUAAGCCUCGACAAUGCAAAUCUACAUUUUAACAAUGCAAAUCCUACUCUAAUGUUUAAAUAUCUUUGUUGGUACAUGUGUGGGAUGUAAGUCCUCUGUGAACAUAGUUGUAGAGUCCAUUUUUCAAGCACUUUAACAUUUUCUAAUUGCCAAAGGGUAUAAAGUACAUGGUUAGAUGCUAAUUUCUCCAAAAUCAGUGCCUUCCACACUCAGCACAGGGAUGCAGCCUAUUAGGUUUGAUGGGGAAACCACUACAGUUCAGUAGUAAUCCAAAAUAGUUUCUUUGAACAGACAAAAAAUAGGUUAUAAUAAGAAAUUUACACUCUCUAACACAGAAAAAAAUCCUAACAAAACUCCUCAUUAUAAUAAGUUAUAAUUCAUUUUAUGAAUAUAAAAAUUAGUCACUUACAUUUGAACCUAAUUGUUACAGUUAAUAACUUUUAAAGGGUUAAAUGAUGAAUCAAAUUCUCAGGAUUUUACAGUUUUUUUUUCCUUACUGUUAAAUUUUGUAGUUCCUAUUAUC